AUGCAUUUGCAACGCCAUUCAAAAUUGGAAGUCGCACCCAACCUCAAUCUAACAGAGGACGGCACCACGUUCCGUCACAGCAAGCUGCGUUACUCCAACCAUUUUCCACCAAGAGGAUCUCCCCUUAGAGCGCGCGAGCAGUCGGUCAAAGCAGCGUCAUUGAGCCGUAUCGAAAGCGGGUCGCGGGCGGGCGCGGGCAGCGAGUGCGGAGGCGGCGCGCCCGCCGGCGGCUCCGUCCGCCCUGGCUACGGCUAUGAAGCGCUCUCUGCCGCCAGCGACGGCAGCGACCAGGAGCCCGACGAGGCGCCAGAAUACGCCCCUUUUGAGAUGGAACUGUCUGGAGGUGGAGAAUCCGCUGAAGGUCCAUCCUCUAGAGGCUCCGCUAAAGUUAACUUUCCGCCCGAUGUGCAGUUGGAACGUCGACCGACCGGUACCUUCGCAAGCGCUGCGGCGGCAGCAUUCCAUCGAGGCCGUGGUCGUUCUAUGAGUGCGUGGAGUGAUAUCAGUCGCUCGAGCAUCCGAUUCGAGGAAAGAAGGCGGUCGCAGCAAGGGAUGACAACUUUAACUAAGGGGUUCUAUUUACACUUACCAUUCAAUCAUAAACAAAGCAAUAAACUUAUCAUUAACAUGGCGGGCGCAUCGAGUACACGAGCACGGCUG